AUGCAAGGAAAAAUUAUGAAUACAAUGGAAUUAGACAAAACGGUUCGUUCAUCGUCAACUUUUCAACGAUUUCUUCAAUGGAUCGAGGAUAAGAAAAAAUAUGCCGAUGAAUUCUCAGAUAAAUUAGGAACAAUAGAAGACUUCGUUGAAGUUAUUCGAAAUAUAAUACAAGGCAAUAUUCUAAACCUGUCGUGUUGCUUCUGUCUUGGUAUAACUAUGACAAUAUCUGUCACAAGUAUUGCAGUUGGUGUUGGACUUGGAACAGGUAUUGGAUGUUUUCGAAAUAAUUAA